CUUACUCUACUCCCGUCUAGGGCCCUUGCUGCAAUGAAAUGCUUGAUCCUAGUCGGUGGUUACGGUACAAGACUCCGUCCACUCACACUUACUAGCCCCAAAUCGUUGGUCCCUUUUUGCAACCUACCCAUUGUGGAACACCAAAUAGCUGCUGCUGUAGAGUGUGGUGUGGAUCAUGUCGUCCUUGCUGUGGGCUUCCAACCUGAACAUAUGCAACAUGCCCUCAAGGAGAUGGAGACCAAGUAUGGUGUGAAGAUAACAUGCAGCAUCGAGACAGAGCCGUUGGGCACUGCUGGACCGUUGUACCUGGCCCGUGAUAUCCUACUAUCGGACGAUGAACCUAUAUUCGUCUUUAAUUCGGAUGUUAUAUGCGAUUUCCCCUUGAAAGACCUGUUGAAGUUCCACAAGAGCCAUGGUAAAGAGGGUACCAUCGUGGUAACCAAAGUGGAGGAUCCAUCCAGGUUUGGUGUGGUAGUCUAUGAUGAACUGACUGGUAAGAUAGAUCGUUUUGUUGAGAAGCCUAAGGAGUUCGUAGGAGACAGGAUAAAUGCUGGCCUGUACAUCCUAUCUAACUCGGUCAUAGAGCAGAGGAUAGGUCCCCGAUUCAUGAUGAUAGAGACUGAUGUAUUCCCUCAGAUGGCUACUGAUGCUCAGCUGUAUUGUUUCCAACUUGAAGGGUAUUGGGCAGAUAUAGGGCAACCUAAGGAUUACCUUAGAGGGAUGAGCAUGCAUUUAAACUUCCUAUCCCACAAGAAUGAGGAUAACAAGGUUACUAAGACUCAUGAGAAGUUGGCACGGUCCCUCCCAGGCGUGGAAAUAGUCGGCAACGUAUUGAUAGAUGAGAGUGCCAAGAUAGGAGAAGGCAGCAAGCUAGGUCCUGAUGUGACCAUAGGCCCAGGUGUUGUCAUUGGUCGAGGGUGUCGUGUAAAGGGCAGUGCUGUGAUGGAUGAUGCUGUGAUUUCCGAUUAUGCUACUGUUUUUGGAUCCAUUAUUGGAUGGAAAUCACGUAUUGGUAGUUGGACUCGAGUAGACCCAAUGACUGUUGCUGCAGAGAGUGUUGACAUCAAAUCAGAAUUGUAUAUUAACGGAGCAUUCCUCCUGCCCUUUAAGGGUAUCAAGGACUCUGUACCCACUAAUGGUCAGAUCAUUAUGUGAUGAUCAUCAUAUCCGCACUAGUAGUGCGGCACUACUACCGCCAACCUCAAUCCUCAUCACCCAAUCCAUUUAGCUAUGUAUCAUCCAAUAAGGGUGACCCAGAGAUGCU